UUGCUACUAACCAUUUCCUACAUCACUUUGCAAAAAACUCUUAAUAGUAACCCAAUUUCUCUCUCUCUCUCUCUCUCUCUCUCUGAGAAAAGAAAUGUCCAUAAACCAUGUUUCUUCAGACCUUCCAGAAAGAGUGUUUUGGACUAAACAACAGCAAUAUAUCAUAGACUCCUCAUCCAAGAAAUCCUCAUUCCAACACCACCCACCUGAAACUACCGCCAUGUUCGCCUUCAACCUUAAUAAUAUUAACGACGAAGACGAGGAACAAGAACGACAACAAAUGACUGAAGAAAAAGACCAGAACUUGGAAAUCCCAAAAGAACAUUUGUUCGAGAAACCAUUAACACCUAGCGAUGUCGGGAAGCUCAACAGGUUAGUCAUCCCCAAACAGCACGCCGAGAAGUAUUUUCCCCUCAGCGGCAAUAACAAUAACAACAAUAAUAAUAAUAAUAAUAAUGAGUCGGGUACUGAAAAGGGUUUGUUACUGAGUUUCGAGGACGAGUUAGGAAAAUCAUGGCGAUUUCGAUAUUCUUACUGGAACAGCAGCCAGAGCUAUGUAUUAACCAAAGGUUGGAGUCGUUUCGUGAAAGAAAAAAGGCUAGAUGCUGGUGAUAUUGUUUUGUUCGAGCGACACCGGUCGGACGCUGACCGGUUGUUUAUUGGGUGGAGACGGAGGAACGCAGCCGUACAAGAGAGCGGUGCUGCGGUUGCUCAGCCAGGGGUGGCGGGUGGUGGGUGGGCCCAGGUAUACUACGGUGGGACAGGUGGACAUCCUUAUCCAGGGGCAGGUCUUCCAUACCAACCUGACUGUCUUCAUGCAGGAAGAGGAGCAAUGCAGAAUCAAACAACAGCAAGUGUGAACAAUAACACAAGAAGACAAGUGAGGUUGUUUGGGGUUAAUUUGGAAUGCGAGGCCGACGAGUCGUCGUGGUCGGAGCCACCCCCAACUCCAGAUGGCGGUGGCUCCUCCACGUCGAGCCACCAUCAGCACCACCAGGGUCAGGGCCAAGCCAGCCAACACUAUUAUCAAUACCAAUUUCAAUAUUCAAAGCCUCAGGUUCCUGCUGCUGCAUCUUCCUAUAAUAAUAACCAUCACAAUCACACGGAUAUGAAUUUCUCAAGAGAUGUCAACCAGAUGAGAUAUCACCAGGGAUAAGAUCUGUAGAUUUGACAUCCAGGAUUGACUAUUACAGGCACUUGAAAUUU